UGCACGAGGCGCGGCGCGGCGCGGCGCGGCGGCGCCGGGGGCAGAGGCGCGGUGUGGAGCCGCGGGGCGGGCGCCGGCCGGCAUGGGACGGGCCCGGGAGCGGGCGCGGGAGCGGGGACGGCGCCCAGCGCCGGGGCGCGGGGGCAGGAGCCGCCGCUGACCCGGGAGCUGGCCCAGAGGAGCCCGGGGCAGCCGGCACCAUGAGCCCGGCGCCCCGCAGCCCGGCCCCGCUGCUGCUGCUGCUGCUGUGCCGAGUGGUGGAAAGCAGAGGCGGCGUCAUGGACAGCAUACAGAGAUUUUCAAACCUGCCUACAUAUCUUCCUAUGAGCUAUCACAUCUGCAAUGCCGACGUUUCCUUCUUCCUCAAAGAAGCCAAUCAGGAUAUUAUGAGGAACUCCAGUUUGCAGUCUAGGACGGAGUCGUUCUUUAUAUACAAAGCCAAGUUUCCACCCGUCCUAAAUGCCACUUAUGGACCCUUUUCAGUUGAACAGGCAAUUCCCCAAGAGCUGAUGCUGACUUCUGCUCCAUUUGGUUUCACAAAUAAGUUUGCUUUUAAUUGGAAAUUAAAGUCUCACAUUAUUGAGAGCUCAGUGUAUUCCAACAAGCCGAAAGUGCAAGCCUUGUUCUAUAUUGCGGGAAAGGACUGGGAGGACUAUAACCCUGCUGAGCAAUUGCCCUGCGUGAAGGUGUAUGCUUUCCUGGAGGAGAGGGAAGUCGUGGCUAGUUGCAGGUUGAAAGGUCACCUCGGAUUAUGUGUGGCCGAACUGGAAUUAUUGCCGAGCUGGUUCAGCUCUCCUACACCCCUGGCUUCAGAGUAUGAGCAAACAGCAGCCUCGCUGGAAGGGAUUACCGUGGAGCUCUUCUAUAAGAUAUACACAGCAGAUGGGGAGUGCUCUCCUGAGGAUGCAAAAUGGGAAAACAACAUACACACGGGCCAAGAUAAUGAGCACAAAGCUUUGCCGCCACUGGAGAGGAUUGGUAGCAUCAUUGUUUACCCGAAUCAAGACCAACUAAAACAGUCUUCUCUGAAUCUCGAUGAUAAUGUCGUGAUCCACUUACCACUCAACCCCGUCAAGGAAGGUGACAUUGUAACUUUCUAUAUUUCCCUUAACGGCGACUCCCUAGCAGAUGAGUUUACAUUAAGAAUUAAGGCAGCACCAGGUGUGAAAAUAAUGGCUAUCAGAGUCAGUGAUGCAGACCAGUGGGGGAUACAAGAAGAAAUAGAUAAUGAAGGGACCACGGCCACUGUUAUCUGUGCACAUCAUGAUCCAAAUGCAGAGAGCAGGGCCAACGUGUCCUUCCAUGAGAUCUUGCAGAUGGAUUUUGAAAUGGACAGUAGCAGCAACCUGACGGGGGCCCAGCAAAUCACCUGGCAGGUGGAAUACCCCAGAGAAGAGACCGUGAGCGAACUGGUGGUCUCCGAGAUCUUCGUCAGCCAAACGACAUUUGCAGGAAUCGUUCCUCUUGCAAUGGACACUGAAGUCCUCAACACAGCCAUUCUGACGGGCAAGACGGUGUCUGUGCCGGUGAAGGUUGUUGCCGUAGAGGAGGAUGGUUCAGUGAUAGAUGUUUCAGACUCCACUGAAUGUAAAUCAGCUGAUGAAGACGUCAUAAAGGUUUCUGACAGAUGCGACUCCAUCUUCGUUAAUGGCAAGGAGAUGAAAAGUAAAGUGGAUACCAUUGUUAACUUCACUUACCAGCAUUUUACUACCCAGCUAGAAGUGACAGUGUGGGUUCCACGGCUUCCUCUGCAGAUAGAGAUCUCAGAUACAGAGCUCAGCCAGAUCAAAGGCUGGAGGAUACCAGUCAGCUCCAAUAAAAGGCCUACCCGGGACAGUGACGAUGAAGAGGAUGACGAACGGAAGGGAAGAGGCUGUACUCUUCAGUACCAGCAUGCGAUGGUGAGAGUCCUCACACAGUUUGUAGCUGAAUCCUCUGACUUUGGAGGCCAGCUGACCUACAUGCUUGGCUCCGAAUGGCAGUUCGACAUCACAGAUCUCGUGACUGAUUUCAUGAAGGUGGAAGAACCUAAGAUUGCUAAGUUACAGGAUGGCCGGGUUCUGGUUGGUCGUGAGCAUGGGAUAACCACAGUUCAGGUUUUGUCGCCGCUCUCUGAUUCCAUCUUGGCUGAGAAGACAGUGAUAGUACUAGAUGACCGGGUAACAAUUACAGACCUAGGGGUGCAGCUAGUUGCAGGCUUGUCCCUAUCUUUACAAAUAAGCAAAGGAAAUAAGAGAGCUAUUGUUUCCACAGCCUCCGCUUACGAUAUUCUUCAUGCCCCGAAACAGGAAGCCAUAGUCAGUGCCUGGAUUUUGUUCAGUGAUGGCUCUGUGACGCCUUUAGACAUUUAUGACUCCAAGGAUUUUUCUAUCACAGUCACUUCGCUGGAUGAGAUGGUAGUAUCUGCCCAGCAAAACCUUCAGUCUAGAUGGCCUGGGGUAGUUGCAGAGGGUGAUGGGCAAGGACCCCUAAUUAAAAUUGAAAUGGUGAUCAGUGAGCCCUGUCAGAAGACCAAGCGAAAGAGCAUUUUGGCUGUGGGGAAAGGAAGUGUCAAAGUGAAAUUUGGGCAGAAAGAUUCUGAUCACAAAGGAAGCACUAAUGACAUUGAUGACGUGGACAGAGAUCUUAAAAACCACGUGAGCAAUUCCAUAGAAAAGACGGCAGAACAGGAGAGGACAGUGCAAGAAUGGUCCAAAAUUGGAGCUUCCGUUAAUCAUGAAGACAAUGUCAACAAAAGCACAACUUCCAAAUCUCCCGUUGAUCAGAAAAAAGGUCCCGAGGAUGGCCAGCUCCUAAAUAAUCCAACCGUCUUCGCAAGUUUUCCUACACAAGUAGAGAUCCCAGGGCAAAAUAAUCCCAACGACCUUACGUUGACUUCGAGAGGGUUAACAGAUUUGGAGAUUGGCAUGUAUGCCCUGCUGUGCGUUUUCUGCCUAGCGAUUUUGGUCUUUUUAAUUAACUGCGUGGCUUUUGCUUGGAAGUACAGGCACAAAAGGUUUGCUGUGAGUGAGCAAGGCAACAUCCCGCAUUCUCAUGAUUGGGUCUGGCUUGGAAAUGAGGUUGAACUUUUGGAAAACCCAGUUGACAUUUCACUCCCAUCAGAGGAAUGCACUACGAUGAUUGACAGAGGAAUGCAGUUUGAAGAAAGCAACUUUCUCCUUAAUGGGAGCUCUCAGAAAAAUCUUCACGCUCAGAUCCUCAGAUCAUCCGACUAUGCUUGUGAGAAAGAAGUUAAAAGUGAACCUAUUCAUCCUUCCGGGCCAAAACAGAAACGAGUUAAGUUCACUUCAUAUACCACAAUCCUGCCGGAAGAUGGAGGUCCCUACACCAAUUCAAUCCUAUUUGACAGUGACGAUAAUAUUAAAUGGGUAUGCCAAGAUAUGAAUCUUGGCGAUUCCAAGGAACUUAGGGACUAUAUGGAAAGACUGCAAGACAAUAUGUAAAACUACUUUCUUAUGUUUGUAAUCACCUUUAUGCCUUCUGUUUCAUGGAUGGUGGAACAGUCAGUCCAGUCAGCAAUAGGAAAUAACCCAAGAGAGUCUAACCUGUGGAGGUCCUGAGAUGAUAACUUCAUAUCAUUGAGCAGGUUCAGGAAGCUGGCUGAGUUAAAUGCGUUUCACCAUAAACCAGGAUGUGCCCCUAAAACAGCUCCAUGUAGGUAUUGGAGGUGUCGCACAUGAUGGCUGUUUUUGUAUACUGCCUGGUACUAGCUAAAUGCUAAUACAACUACGCUCAGACUCAGAGGAGACUACCUUUGUUUGUCAUCUCAUGAUAAGCAGUAAUUCAGAGAACGAGGGAUUUUUUCUGUUGAUUUUUUCUAGUCGUCGUCCUUUGUAAAGCACAGUGGAUAUUUCUUGCUUACAGCCUGAGACUAGGCAUACUUUAAAAGAAAUCUAAAACAAAUCUGUUUAAUUGUAUUGCCUACGUGCAAGGCAGCCAAGCAGUUUCAUUACUUUUUACGGGAAGACCCACCCACGCGUGGUUCAUUUUUUUCCGUAUUGUUUAUGAAGUUGAUUUGACUUAGGGAGCACUAAAUAUUUUCUUUGGGGACUUUUUUUUUUUCUUUUCUUUUCGGUUGUACCAAAGUGUAGUACAGUAUAUUUACAAUGAUUCAGGUUUUCUGCUCAUUAGCAUCAGCCCUGAAGGAUACCUCCUUCAUCACUGAUUAUCUUUCUCCUUCCCAUGUGAGUCUUUAAUAUCGGAAACAUAGAAAGUUAUUAAGAAAUCUUACACUGGGAAAGGGCUGUAUCGUCUUACAGGGAACUGUACAUACAAUAAUAAACCCUGGAAAACAAACAAAAAAAAAAAUCAAGGAGUAGCCCUGGGUUUACUUUUGUCAUUGCCAACGUGAAAAAUUACCGGCAGCAAAACCGAAUACCUUUCAAAGAACAAUGCCUCUGUUGAAAUAGUAACAUUUAUAGAAGUUUUGUGUGGGCAACACAUAUUAUUAUUAUCACAAUACCCCCCCCCCCCCCCGAAACGUGGUAUUGAAAUGCACAGAACAGGGAACAAAUUGUCUAGGAAAUAACCAAAGGCUUGAAGUCUGUGUUACUGUAUAGUAAAAAAAAAAAAAAGAAUUGAUGCUGCGGUUUAAUGGUACGUAGCGCUCCAUCUACAAUUACUGGUGCCUCCCGGCCCCGUGUAAAACCCAUCUCUAAACGUAAGCCAGGUAAUGAGAGAGCCUUUACAUCAAGUUUGAUUAAAAAAAGAAAAAGAAAAAAAAAACCACGAGGCACGGUAACACAAAGCGGCUGUUCCUAAACUUGACAAGAAAAACGUUAGGCUGGAGAUUCAGAGCUGCCAUUUCAAAAGCAUUAUAGGCAUUUUCACAUUGAAGUACGAUUGAAAUGUGUGGAAAAUUACAACCUGGAAACCUUUCUGUAGGAAAUGUCUAAGAGAAGCAAUAAAGUACGCUGCGUGAAUCGGGAAAAGACAAAAUAGGCACCUUGUCCAAACAGAACUUCCUCGCUGCCCCCCCUCCCUGUUCUCCCGGGGUUUAGGCAAAUUUGCCGGAGUUUAGGCAAAUUAAAUUCGAGAACUGGAUCUGGCAACCUGAGCGUGUUUUUGUAGCUGUCCAAGACAGCUGGGGCUCUGGGGAAGUCUGUUCAGAUCCUAAUCCACGUGAUGAGUUGGGAACAUCUCCGGUGCAAAUACAACGGAGGAAUGCUAAUAAUUAGCAUGGAGGAGAUAGUGUGGACACCACGGCUAUUGAACUGACAACAGACUACCGUUUGAUAUUGCUACACCACGUGGUAGAGGGGGUGUCUACUGCAAUCCAGUUUUAAAGUGUUAAGAACAUAAUGGUACUUCAGUUUUAUGAGAGAGAUGGCACUGGCUGGGUCACACUAAUGCUCAAGGUUUUUAAUGAUGUCUCUUCUUCUCUAAUUUAACAGGGACAGAUAGGGACGUCUUAAUUGUUGCCAGUUACUGAAACAUUUCUCCCUCCAGCUCACCAGAUUCGUUCACAUUGGGUUUAACUAUAAGCAAAGCACAGCACCCGUGGAUAUAAAUUGGCCAGGAGUACAUUUAUAUUAGAAGUGGUAAGAAGGUUUUUAAUAGUCAAGACAGUGUGGUUUGGGAACGAUCUUACAAUAGAAGUAGGAGAGGCAAAAUAACCUAACUACCUUUAAGAUGGAAUUAAUUAACUUUAACGAUGGUAUCAUAUAACCUGGUUGCUUGUGAUCUGGGAGAUCCUUCCCAGUCCUCUAUGUUUUUCUAUAACUACUUAUCUACUUAAGCUCCAUGCUUAAGCAUGUCCUGAUCUCCAUCCUUACUUGGCAAAGCACUUAAGCUUAUUAAACCCAAAGGAAUUUAAGUGCAUGCUUAAGUGCUUUAUUGAAUCUCUGCCAAUAUGUUAACAAUGGACAUGAGUCAGUAGCUGUGCAGCUUAUUCUGGAAAAUUUCCCUUUUAGGAAUGAGAAAUAUGAGAAAAAACGUGAAAUGGCAGUUUUCAUGCAUUUCACGUUAGCAGUCACUUCACUAUGAGGCCAAGGCUGCUGGAAUUAGAGCACACGUUUCCACGCUUCUGUUCCAUUGUGUGCAUGUUUAAUAGAAGCUAUAAAGUUUACAUGGGGGAUAUAAGAGGAGUAAACUUCUAGUUUAGCACAGAUUUGUCUGGGUUGGCCAAAGCAAAGUCCCUUGUUGGCUCUGCUGUCUGUAGCGUGACUGGUUUGGGCUAUCUGGAAGUCAUACACAGCAAGUCCAUCCAGAAGUUAAUGUCCACCAGUGACAAUAUACAGUUAAAAAGCUAAGAAACAUAAUUGCUAUCUAAUAGUAAAAAAAAAAGAAAAAGGCCUCAACAUUUAGCCUUCAACACCAAUGCACUGAAUGUGGCCAUGAUGUGAAAUACUCUGGAACUACUUAUCAUAUACGAAUAUUGAAUAAACUGAAUUGUUGCAUUAAAGUUCAGAAGUGACAGCAAGUAAAAAUGCAUAAAGCUACAGAAUGAAAAACCAAGACAACAGCGAGAAAAUGAGAAUGUACAUCUUCUGCUCUCAUUUUAUGCUUCUGUAACAGGUAGAAAUAGUGGAGUUACUCUAGAUCAACACUGGCCUAAUAGGUUAUCUGUUCCUACUUAGAAGAGCUAGGUGAAAAUUUUAGGACAAGUAGUUUAUUCAGGAGAAAGUAGUUCCAGAUCAAGCAAAUAGUUACAGCUGAAGAAAGCUAAAACUUUCAAAGUAAAAAUUUAUAAAUGCUUAAUUUUGAUGUUUUGGACAACAUUUUUAAAACUUUUCAAAAUGAAAAUUUGAAACAAAAAUUUCAAAUGUUUCAAUUUUAUUUAAUUUUUUUUAAAUGUGUGAAACAAAACAAAACAAAAAAAGAGAGCAGAAUUAAACUUGUACCAUGAAACUGAAAUAAUUUAUUUGGAAAAAAGAGGGGAAAAAAGGUUUGGAAAAGAAGAAGAGAGAAUUUUUUUAAGCUCUAACUUGGCCAGUACACCAAAAAUUCAGCUGUUUGCACUGUUCUUUUACUCUGUAUUCUGCUCUACUGUUAAAUGAACUAUAUUUGAAGACCAAUAAAAAAAAAAUCUCAAUUUUAAUAGGAUUAUUAACCAAAAGAAGGGUUCCUGUUAAAAGACAGAUUGUCUAUAAGCAGGAAACGUGUGAGGAGACUUGCAUUGUUAUGCCUGUAAGAAUUAAGCUUCAAUAGCUGCAGAGAGGCAACACCCGUGGCUUCAUACAGAAUAAGAAAUACCCCGGAAAGGUAUUUAUGACUCUUACAGGACAUACGUUUUGUGUAGGUUUCUUUGCACACUAUCAAGGAAAGUACGCACGCAUUAAGUAUACAUAGCGCCGAGAAGGAAACUCGUUAAGGGAGGAUCCACAUCAUUUGUCGGUUCUUGCAAACUUUAUAAAUUAUAAAUAAAGGUAACAUGAGACACUCGGCCAUUGUAAAUCUGUGUGGAGUGGUUUAUAUCUUCUAAAGAUCUGACCCACAGAGAGUAUUAAGGGGAUGAGUUCACUUCCAACUGUGCAGCAUUAUUAUAUUUCAUUUGGACAUUAUACAGCCCAAGUCUAUAUGGCUUUUCUCGGCACCCUUCUGAUCCAAGGACGAAUUUGGGAAACCAGUGCCCCUUACACUUCUCUAUGUAUAACAAAGCUAGAUUAAUAUUAAUGAGCUGCUCUUUCUUCAUUCAUAUUGGGGAAUGUACAAGAAUACCUUAGAGCCAUAUGACUCUAAUAUGACAUAAUAUAAUGGAAUAUAUCUGUAUUUCAAGGGAGAGUACAUUAUGAACGGGUUACCAAAUUUUCAUAGGGAAUAUGCUCUUUUCUGAAAUACAUAUUGUAUGCACUACAUUGAAAUACACUAUAGUGUAUUGUGAAAGGCAUACAUUUACUGAAUCGGCAACACUGAAUAUGUAUAUACAUUACACCCAAAAUAUUUAUACAUAUAGUAAGUCUUAGAUGUAUAACAGAAUGAAUACUGUACAAAAUAAACUGUAAGUUAAGAGAAUUAAAGAGGACUUUUAUACCUGU